GGCUGCGCCGCCCCGGAGUCGCGCGCGGGGCGUGGGGAGGUGCUGAGCGGCGGAGCCUGAGGUGAGCUCGACGCCCGGACCGUCCAGGAAGGCGCCGCGCGGCAGGAGCCCACCCCGAGCAUCCCCGGAGCAAAGGCGGCCGCCGCUACCGUUGUCCGCGGAGUCUCGUCGAGCCGGCCAUGGCGUUGUCGAUGCCGCUGAACGGGCUGAAGGAGGAGGACAAAGAGCCCAUCAUCGAGCUCUUCGUCAAGGCUGGCAGCGAUGGUGAAAGCAUAGGAAACUGCCCCUUCUCCCAGAGGCUCUUCAUGAUUCUUUGGCUCAAAGGAGUGGUAUUCAGCGUCACAACUGUUGACCUGAAAAGGAAGCCUGUAGACCUGCAGAACUUGGCUCCUGGGACCCAUCCACCAUUUAUAACUUUUAACAGUGAAGUCAAAACGGAUGUAAAUAAGAUUGAAGAAUUUCUUGAAGAAGUCUUAUGCCCUCCCAAGUACUUAAAGCUUUCGCCAAAGCACCCAGAAUCAAAUACUGCUGGAAUGGACAUCUUUGCCAAGUUCUCUGCAUAUAUUAAGAAUUCAAGGCCAGAGGCUAAUGAAGCCUUGGAGCGGGGUCUGUUGAAGACACUGCAGAAACUGGAUGAGUAUCUGAACUCUCCCCUCCCUGACGAAAUCGAUGAGAACAGCAUGGAGGACAUCAAGUGUUCCACACGAAAAUUUCUGGAUGGCAAUGAAAUGACAUUGGCCGAUUGUAACCUGCUGCCCAAGCUGCACAUUGUGAAGGUGGUGGCCAAAAAAUACCGCAACUUUGAUAUUCCAAAAAGAAUGACCGGCAUCUGGAGAUACUUAACGAAUGCUUACAGUAGGGACGAGUUCACCAACACCUGCCCCAGUGACAAGGAGGUGGAAAUAGCGUAUAACGAUGUAGCCAAGAGACUGACCAAGUAAAUAGCACUCACGAGAGAGGCCUUCACAUCGCUUCCCGGUUAAGAACAUGCUUUUUCUAACAGACUGCUCCUCUCCCUAUAAAGUAGACAUUUUAUUUUGCAUGGACAUGGCAGUUAUUCAAGUUUAGGAUAAAGGAUAGAUCAGUAGCUAUCUUUAAACAUACACUCCUAAGCAGUAUUAUUUUAAAAUUAUCUUGCCCUCCUACCUCCCCUCCCCUACACCCUCCUCUCUUCUAAUUUGGAGGCCGCUCAUCACACACUGUUUUCUUUAGAGGUGGUUUCCUAUAUCUGGAGCUCUCCCUGUUUUGUCCUUUCACUGUGGAUAGACGGCAGGACUUUUGAGGUUCAGUGUUUAACUGUUAGUGACCAUGACCUCAUCGGUCAGCCCCAAACUGGUGCAUAAUGCGUGGUACAAGGGAUAUUUAUGUAUUUUUGGAAUUUUAUGAUAUUUAGUAAGAGUCUAUGAAAGGAUUGCUACUGUAUCAAAACCUUCUGUUCAGUUCAGUCCAUCCCAGAGAUGUGCUCACGGCGUCACCACCAGAGGAGAGGGCCUCCCGCAGAAAGGCACUACAGACUUCGCUGUUCUGUUUUGUACAAGGAUCUUCACUUUUCCUGAAAGCAUUUCUUCUUACACCAGUGACAACGUCUGACACAUGUAGCAGCUAACCGUUUAGAGAGGCGUAAUAUUCUCAGUCUUUUUUGAGCAUUUUAUCCACAUUAGCUAACCCACGGGCACCUGGUAUCUGCCUGAGCGUGGCGUUUGCUGAAGGACCGUGCCCAGUGCCGUCCAUUUGGAGCAUUAUUGCUCUCUUUAUUUUAAAACGCUCCUUGUUAGGUCAGCGUAGAUCUUGCUGUUUGUAGAUUUUUUUGAGCAACACUACAUAAACUAAUACUUAGUUGACUUAGCUCUAGCAGUGUACAACAAGUAGUAAUGUAAACAUUAACACAGAAAUUAAGGUUUGUCAAAAUAUCAAAAUUUUGUUUCUAAAGCUUAUUUAAUGUAGGAAACCAAAAUAUACCCACUCCAUCCUAUAUUGAAAAUAAGACACAGCACAGACUAGCAGGUGUUCCAUCCCACCCCCAUUGACUGUUAGACCGUGGGCUCGCUCCUUUCGGACUAAAUCACAGUUGCUCUGGUGAGUGCGUAUUUCCAGCAGUUUUUCCUAAUGUCAGCCAUUGCCGCCCAUUAAAUUUUCCACACGUUGAGGAAUAGCAGUCUGCAUGUUUGUUUCUUAAAUUGAAGUUCUAAAGCAGAAUUAUUUGUGCUCUAACAGGGAGGAUGAACUUAGUGGAAACAAAAUGAGUUUGUUGUGUAUUUACUCAUUUUUUUUUCCUCAAUUGGACUUUGUAGCUACUACUCCAAAGAUGGGGUUGUUACUAGAAAACUUUCAAUAAUUUUUUUUUUUUUUUUUUUUUUUACCUAACCUGUUUAAGAAGUGCUAUUUCUCACAGGCUGUUUUUGGAAAUUUAAGUAUAUUGCUUUAAAAGGCAAUGAUUUCCUCCCUUUGACAUGCUAACAUUUAGUAAGCACUGGCUUUAUGGAAGCAACCUGAUUUUUAUAAGCACACUGCAUUUUUUUUUUUUUUUAACCUUCCAGUAAUUAGUACAAAAAGAUAAGUAAAGCUCCAUAUUGUAUCCCUUUGAUUCAGGGAGAUAAAAUUCUUUAUUGCUGAUCAAAAGUUUGAGCACCAUCUUUUGUGUAAUUAAUAUUGGAUGCUGAUUUCUCUGGUUCCAGGAAGAACUACAGGUUAUCUACUGAGAAAUUCUAUAGCGUUAGCUUCAUUGGGUAGAAAUGUCACAUCUGCCACCAGUACACAGCCAUCAUCAGUAGCGGUAACUUGGCAUUCGGCCAAAAGAUUCAAAAGAAGGGGUGUCAUUCUUUCCCUGAAGGGUGGACUAAGUGGUGUGGAAUGGAGAGCUAGUGAGGAAAGAGCAGCAUUCCUUAGAAUAAAUGAUGAAAAAUACAGUCUCAACUCAAUUGUGAAGUAUUUUUACCUUGGAUAUUAACUCUCUCUCUUUGAGAAAUUUAUCGGAUGAUUGUUCUCUACCUUUAAAAAUGUAUCUCAUGAUGCAUCCCUCUCAUUGUCCAAGGAAUAGGUAGGACUGUUAAGACACUGAGGAAGGCAGAAUGAUCUUUUUUCUCUGUAGAAAGACCUCAUUCUUUUAUCAGGGAAGUUAGAUGAAAUUGACAUUGGCAAAUGGACAAAGGCCAGUAAAUAGGGUGAUCCCAGCAUUGGUAUAAAGGUGAUAGUUUAAUCUUAGGAGAUUUGGGGAUAAAAGUUUACAUGACAAUUCAUGUGUAUGGGUUGAUAUAAUAGAAAUCAUCUGUUAUUAUUUCUGCAACUACUGAAUCAUUUCCCCUUCAAUUAAACCAACAAGGAGAUUAGAGUCUGAAGUUUUCAUGUUCCAUCAGUUGGAAAGUUCUCCAUUUCAGUUGAUGACUUCCUUUAAAAAAAAAAAAAAAAGUAAAUGCAGUGUUUCUGUACAGCUGUUAUCUUCUUUUACUAGGAUUGUUGUGAUGAAAUUAAUAUAAGACUCUUUUCUUGGUAACUUUGGCUUAGACAACUUACUUCUAAGCCCUUGAGCAAUCUGUAUACAAUUAAAACAUUUCCAACACUUACUCUUACCCUAAAUUAAUCAACUUUAGAAUUUAGGCAGUUUUACUUCUGUUGAGUUUUGAGUCUCUCCAGAGUUGCAUGUAUAUAGCUUUUAUUUCUGAGCAUUUAAAAUAUCCAUUUAGAAAAUAUCUAACAAGAUAAACACGUUAAGAAAUAUUUUUUUCAUGAACAUUUUGAUACACAUUUCAUCAAGUUGAUCAACCAAUUUCUUAUACUGGCUAUAAUAGUAUUUGAUUCAAAGAGAGGGGAGCAUUCAUUAUCUAUAUACUAUAUGGACUUUUUUAUUCCAUUCUUUACAAAGUAUCAAAUGUUGGGACUGUCAAAUUUUUAUUUUUAUCAGGGAAAAUAAUUCAACUCCCCAGGUCGUAAUGUUGAACAGAAUUGGAGUGUUUCCUUUAAAAUCCUUUGAAAAGGCAAAUGAAAGCCUAUUGAAGAAUGAUUGUAUUUUUCUUUUUGUCUCUGGACCCAGUAUAUUGCUGGCAGCUAUUGUAUUAAAAUAAAGUAUAUUUUCACUACCA